CCCUCACCAAAGAUGGCGGCCGGUCACCGUGUUGACUGAUCUCGCCUGGAACAAAGAUGGCUCUUGUGGUACAGCUGCCCUAACCAUCUGGAUUCCGGUCGCAUUUAUUUUUUAUUCAAAAAACAAUUUUUUUUUUAAAAGAUACGUGUUUGCAGACGGAGAAAUGGAGGCUAGAGACAAGCAAGUGCUUCGUUCCCUCCGACUAGAACUGGGUGCAGAAGUGCUGGUAGAGGGACUGGUUCUUCAGUACCUUUACCAAGAAGGGAUCUUGACAGAAAACCAUGUUCAAGAAAUCAAAGCUCAAACCACAGGGCUCCGGAAAACGAUGCUGUUGCUGGAUAUCCUACCUUCCCGCGGUCCCAAAGCAUUCGAUGCGUUCCUGGACUCCCUGCAGGAGUUCCCCUGGGUCAGGGAGAAGCUGGAGAAGGUACGGGAAGAAGCUGUAAUAGAGUCACCUGCAGGUGACCAGUUGACUGGAAUCCCCUCUUCCAUCCUCAGCAGUUCUCCCACCGACCGGCAGAUCAACCACCUGGCCCGGAGGCUGGGUCCCGAGUGGGAGGCAGUCGUUCUGGCUCUGGGACUGUCCCAGACAGACAUCUACCGCUGCAAGGCCAACAACCCUCACAACGUGCAGUCUCAGAUAGUGGAAGCCUUCGUGUGCUGGAGGCAGCGCUUUGGCAAGCAGGCCACCUUCCAGAGCUUACACAAGGGCCUCCUGGCCGUGGAUGUGAACCCCUCGUUGCUCCAGCACAUGCUGGAAUGACAGUGCCACCAUCAACCCACAGGGGGAGCGUGUCCCCAAGUCGCCGGUGCAAACCUCAAUUCCCAUUCAGGCCCGGUAGGUUUUUGUUUGUUUUCAUGAUUCUUGGAUCAACAGAAACACAAUUUCCACUCGGCACUACUUGAAAGUCCAGUUACUCAGAUCUCCCCCACACACACACACAGACACACACACACACACACACACACAGACAUACACUCUGGCUUGAUAAUCCUUGUUUUUCGUUGCUCAAAGUCUACAAUGUUUUAAUUGUGCUUUUUUUUAAUUGUGCUGUUUUAAAAUCGUGUGGUAAAUCAUCGUGGUUCCAAAGAAAAUACUGUGUUACCAUAUUGCGUGCAGGAGUCUCCUAUAUAAAAGGUCUGCUCUUAAGGUGCCUGGGAACUAAGCUGUAAGCUUGGCUAUUAAUGGUGAUAAUAAUAAAGAAAUGAAUUGCUAGCUAGAAUGUAGUCCUUUCAUAAGAAAGUAUUUCUUGUGACUCCUCCCUCCCCCUUCCUGUAUUGCAUGAACCAAAAGUGUAAGAUUACCGCAGUCAUUUCUGCGGAAAGGAACUGAUAGUAGCAGGGAAAUGGCUACUCUCAGCAGUCACAGUAAAUAACUCAGGCUGCGUCUGCACUGAAUUUGCAACACUAAAAACUCCUCAGUGCAAAACCCAGUUCAUGUGCCGGCAUGCUGAGCUGAGCCCAUCAUCAUCGGUUCAAGUCUGCUUAAGAAAAUCCUAUAGCGUUCCUUUAAAGGAGUUAGUUGUGGGGUGGAGACCAAAAGGGAUGCUUUUGUUUCCGUUAAAGCCAUGGUGAUUAACGUGGUGUGCUCUUAAGGAGUAUGACAGAGUCUUCUUGUGUUGAUGAAGCAUGGCGCUUCUCCCAGCUUUACUGUCCUCAAGACUUUCCAGGUGUUCCACGGAGGGAAAGGGAGCUGAGACUCCUUCGGAAACAAAAUGAAAGGUUUUUGUCUAAGGAGGGGCCAGGGAGCCAGAAUUUUUGUCUGUGGAGGUCUGGUGUGCCCUCCCCUGUUCUAGGCUUCAUCCCCACCCCCCUCUAAGAUGCUGAGGAAGAAGCCUGAGUCCUGCCCUUUGCCUGCCGGAUGGAUGGGAGAGUUACUGGUGAAUCACUGUAGACAAGCGCCUUACGUUCUGUGAGCCUCAGUGUCCUCAUUUGCAGAAUGAGGAAAUGGUUGUUGACUACCUCCCAAGAUGUUUGUGAUGGUGAAAGGAAUUGUGACUGUCAAAGGCUCAUCCCACGCCUGGCCCAUAGUCAGUAGUCAGCUCUCUAGAAAUGGUGGCUGUCAAUCUGCUGCUUUGGGCUAGACAAUAAAUGCCAUUCCACACCAAACUGAAUCGUAAUUAAAACUAAGGGCUUUACAAGAGAGUUGUGUUGUUACCAUGUUUCCACUAAGCUUUAAAAGGUGGUGCGGUGGCUUGGUGAAACAGCUUGGGUAGUGCCCUGCUUUGUCUUGUGCACAACGACACCAGUUCGAACCCAGCCCAGACCAUAUUGGAGGAAAUACCAGGGCUGUGGUCUUUUUCACUGUUUCUCUCUGCUUCUCUCGCUCUUAUUUAUUUUUCCCCUCCAGGGUUAUUGCUGGGGCUCAGUGCCAGCACUAUGAAUCCACUGCUCCUGGUGGCCAUUUUUUCCAUUUUAUUGGAUGGGACAGAGAGAAAUUGACAGGGGAGGGGAGAUAGAGAGGAAGAGAGAAAGAGAGACAUCUGAAGACCUGCCUCAUUGCUUGUGAAGCAUUCCCCCCUGCAGGUGGGGAGCCAAGGGCUCAAACCCAGAUCUUUACACUUCAUACUAUGUGCACUUAACUGGGUGCACCACUGCCUGACCCCCCUUUUUUCUCUUAUUGAGGGGGUUAAUGCUUUCCAGUGCAAUCAUUGCCAUAUGCAUACAAUUUCGUUAUGCAAUAGACCCCCAAAGUCUUCUUCCUCUCCUCCCUUCCCAUGCCUCCCCAGAGUCCUUUGCUUUGGGGCAGUACACCGUGCCCAGCCCAUGUUUCACUUGGUGCUCUCCCUCCCCACCCUAGUUUAUUAAGUCCUGCUGAUAAGUGAGAUCAUUUGGUAUUUGUCCUUCUCUUUUUGGCUUAUCUCACUCAACAUGAUGUCCUCAAGUUUCAUCCAAGAGGAUGCAAAGGAGACAACCUCAUUUUUAAAAAAAUCUUUAUUUACUGGAUAGAGACAGCCAGAAAUGGAGAGGGAGGGGGAAACAGAGAGAGGGAAAUAGACAGAGGGAAACAGAGAGACACCUGCAGCCCUUCUUCAUCACUUGCAAAGCUUCCCCCUGCAGGUGGGGACUCAGGGCUCGAACCUGGGUCCUUGUGCAUUGUAACAUAUGCACUCAACCAGGUGUGUCACCACCCGGCCCCAACCUCAUCAGUUUUAACAGCUAGCAAACUAAAAGAGGACAUGGUUCUAUUAAGUCUGGAGUGGGCCCAUUUGAGAAAGGAACUUGUGACCUUACCCAAUCUAUCAUUUGUCCUUUGGGAUAACUGGAGAGUCUGUUUCCCGUAUCUCACCUAAUUCAAGAUUUUUCAAGUGAGGAGAAUUAGUAUUUUCACCUCUCUCCCUUCUGAGGGCAAAUGUAUCAAGUGACAGAGUUGAACACCAAGUGGGUUCUCAACAAGGUGAUUGUGGUCUGUAGAUUUGGUUUCUUUCAGAUGUCUGGUAAGCAGAUCUACUGGACUAUGAAAAAAAUCACUUCAUGUUUCAGCAGUCUCUUCAGAAGGACUGUCUAUUGGCCUUGUCAACUCGAAUUCUGCAUCCUCGAGCCCGGGCAUUAAUCCACUAUGUUCCACACUGUGGCCAAGCCACUAUGCCCAGCAGUAACUGUACCUCUACUGCAUCUUCAAUAAACCGCUUGCCGUUCCUGAACUCUGGCCUCCUUGUGUUGUUAUUGGGCUCUCUUGUCUUGAUAAUGAACUUGCUUUAGGCCUUGUUCUCACCACACUUAUGGGUGAACCAUAGACUCUGCUGGUUCUGUUACUGCGGUCACCUGGCCACUGGCAAGAUAUUUUGCAAAGGACAGUUAAUGACCAGUGAGCCUGUGACACAGGACAGGGCCAGAAGAGGUCUCUGAUUUGUUACCCUUGUGGGCGGGGCGUGGCAGCCAGGCAUCCUGGGGCCUGCUCCUGGUUCUUGCUGGUUCCAAACCUCAUUCCUG